AUGACUGAGGAGCAGCGGCCGCACACAGGUUUAAAAGGUGCUAAAGUAACCAGCGAUAUACAGGAUCAGCUAUCCUUUACUGAUGCAAAUAAGACAAUUGGAGGCUAUAUAGAUGAGAACUCAUCUGUCGAUAACGAAGCAGUGAAACUCGAUAAACUUCCUCGAUUCUCGUCCACGAUUCAAAUGGAUAAACAUGAAAAUCAUGAAGCAACUAACAAAUUACUAGCUGUAAUUUCAAGCCCUGAAAAAGAAAUCAAGACGCCUGUCGAUUUCGAAUCUGACGAUGAUGAGUUUUUCUAUGGUGACUACAUUUCAAAUACCAAAACGACAGUUGAUGAGACGCAGAUAAUAAUAGACUCCAAAACGGGGAUGCGUGGUAGGGAAGCUGUAGAAGUAACUACCAACUCGAUCCAAGAACUUCGACACCCGCUGCAAACUCCUAAGGCCCACGAUAUAAUACGAGAUACUUCCGCGGGCAGAAAGAGAAGAAGAUCUGUUGACUCAUUAUCGGGAUCAACAAGCUCAAGAGAGAGCUCAUUAGAACGUAGUGAUACGUCUCCAGAACAUAAAAAACCUAGCUCGAUUAUCCAGAGGGAGGAACGACCUAUCAUUGUUGAGGAAGACACUGACGAAGAUGAGGAGUUUUUCAAAGAACUUGCCAGAGAAGCGAAGAAGUCUUCGAACACUACUAGAGAGCAAACGCCUGAAGCAGCCAGAAGAAUUUUUAAUGUCAGAUUUCGGUCGCGCUUAGAGGGAAGUGUUGAUAAGAAAAUUAAUGUGAAAGUGAAGGGAAAGCACACUUUUACACAAAUUCUUCCUGCAGCCUUGAAAACGAUGAUCAAAGAAUAUUCAGUCCCGAAAGAACUACAAAGUAUGUAUGCCGCAGAUAAUAUUACUCUUUUUCGUGACGGGGUUAAAAUAUUAAAUUUUAUGAGUUGCAACUCUCUUCAAAUCCCACAAAGCUACGAGAAUGAAGUAAGCGAAGUACACUUAACUAUGGUUUUCAAAAAAGAUGAGCACUCCUAUGAGCAGGAAUACGAAAACACAAACUACGGUGGUCACGAAAUCACGAUUUUAAGCGGAGAGGCAUCUGCGGAGGAAGUAGAAGAGUUAACAAUUCCCGAAUACGAAAAGGACGUAAGUCAGGCACCUGGACGAAUAACAGCAAGUAAUGUAUACGAUGAUGAGGAAGAAAAUACUGAAAAUGAUGUCAUCAGAGUUGCACUUCUCGGCCAAGAUAAUAAGAAAGUGCAUGUUAACGUUAGAGGAACUACAAAAUUCUCGAAAAUUGCAGAGCAUUAUAAGCAAACGAAGGGACUUUCGUCUGCUAGUAAAUUAAGGCUUAUAUUCGACAAUGAACCUUUGGAUCUUGACGGAAAUGUCAUGGAUGCCGAUAUGGAGGAUGAGGACAUAAUAGAAGUAGUCAUUAGCUAG